GCCCGCCUCUCUACAUGGGCUGGUACUCGAGUAGUAUUGUAUGUAUAUAAAGAGUGGAAGAACACAUUUUCUGCACCUCACGUUCUCUGCCAUCAUGGGCCUGAAAGUGGUCGUGGUGACCUUGUGCCUCGUGGCUUUGGCCAUCGACUCUACUGAAGGUGGCAUCAGUAAAUGCUGCAUUAAAACCAGAAAGAAUGUCCCCAAACCAGUACUCAUGAAGGUCCGAACAUGGUACAUGCAGGACAGCAGAGGCCCCUGUGACAUCGACGCUCUCGUCAUGUAUGCGGGGGCCUGGAAGAAGCCCAUUUGUGCUCAUCCCAACGUGGAGAAAGAUCUGAACAGGGUUCAGAAGAUAAAGCAGAUGAGGCUGGGAAAAGCACACUGACAAGUGGAGUAAAUGUCUCAAUGUGGCUUGAGUUACACAUAUUUUACUUCCAUUCAUCAUGACUUCUGAUCGACAAUGGAUCAAAUUUUGGUUUUGGUACAUUCCUAUUCAUGACUGCUCCUGUUGAUAUAGCCUGGGGCUUGCAGCACUUACUUGGCUUAUUUUAGUUUUGGUGAUGCCAAACGAUCUCCUUUAUUGUUUCUGCUGGAAUCAUUUUAUUUGCAAAUAAAAAAAAAAACACACUGUGUUGAAUAUUA